AUGUCCUCCGCUGUAAAAGGGGAUGCUAAAGCGGUGGCUGGUCAGCUAAGCUAAACCCACUAUGUGCUGGAUUAUCCUCACCACAGUGUGUACAUAGUAGCUUGCUGGUUAAAUCGAGGAACGCGUAUCGUAUUGACAUCAUCUGUGUUCUGUUAAAAAGUCGUUAAUAUAUUCGGUCUGUGUGUUGAAUGCUAGGUGGCUAACGCCGGAGGCUAGCGUCUUAUUAAAAUGCUAACGUUAGCUAGCUUUAGCAGGCUAGUACAUUUUAAUUACCUGUGAAGACUGCAGCCGUGGGUGAAGAGAGGGGAGCUGAAAUGAGUCAAAAUACUACAAGGUGUCGAGCAUCUUAACCGGCUUUUACAGCAGUUCUGUGUUGCAAUGAGGAGCACCAGAGUUCAGCGCUGAAGGCUCAGAGGCAUGAACUCGGUUUCCCCCAGCGCAGUACAGUACGUAGGGGGCAUGAUGCAGGAUGAGCUGGUGGAGAACCGGAGGCAGCAGCCUCUGGAGCGGCAGGGCAGCUUUGGCCUCAGGCCGCCACAGAAUGCUGAUCCUGGCAGAGAGGCAACCGGAGAGCCUGACGAGAUGGACAAACUGAAAGCCAAACUGAUGUCAGCAUGGAACAGCGUCAAAUAUGGUUGGACUGUUAAGUCUAAAACCUCUUUCAACAAAAUAUCGCCAGUCACCAUCCUGGGAAACUCUUAUCUACUCAACAGUGAAGAUGAGGUUGAGCGAUUUCGUCUGGCUUUUGUGUCGAGGAUUUGGCUGACCUACAGACGGGAGUUCCCUCAGCUAGAGGGCUCCACCUGGACCACAGACUGUGGCUGGGGCUGUAUGCUGCGCAGUGGACAGAUGCUGCUGGCACAGGGGCUCCUGGUCCAUUUGAUGCCCAGAGAUUGGGCUUGGCCAGAUGCUCAGCAGCUAACCGAUGUGGACUUAGAGGUGUUCAGACCGCGGUCCCCAGCCCGGGCUGGAGGAGUCCCCAUCCCCUCCUUUGGCUCUCCACGAGGAUCCAACACCCCCGAAAAGUCCCUGACGAGUGAUCAAGCACCCAAAUGCAGCCAGAAGAAGAGACCCGAGGUUGUAAGGGACAGGCAGGUGGAGCCUAUCCACCACAAGCUGGUCAUGUGGUUCGGGGAUCAGCCCCCAACACCCUUUGGGCUUCACCAGCUGGUGGAAAUCAGCAAAAGUUCAGGGAAGAAGGCUGGAGACUGGUACGGUCCCUCCAUAGUGGCACACAUAUUACGGAAAGCGGUAGCCAAAACCUCCGUGCUCCACAACCUGGUUGUAUAUGUGGCCCAAGAUUGUACAGUGUACAAAGAGGACGUGGCAAAUCUAUGUGACCUGUCACUAAGCCAGACUCCCCCCGAUCAGUCCAGUCAAGCCUGGAAGUCUGUCAUCAUACUGGUGCCUGUACGACUGGGAGGAGAGGCCCUCAACCCGUCCUACAUCGAAUGUGUCAAGAACCUCCUAAAGCUGGAUUGUUGUAUCGGAAUCAUUGGAGGCAAGCCAAAGCAUUCACUUUACUUCAUUGGCUUCCAAGACGAGCAGCUGCUGUAUCUUGACCCUCACUACUGCCAGCCUGUGGUGGAUGUCUCACAAGUUAACUUCUCACUGGAGUCAUUCCACUGUAGCUCUCCCAAGAAGAUGCCCUUUAACCGCAUGGAUCCCAGCUGUACCAUCGGCUUUUAUGCCAAAAACAAGAAGGACUUUGAGUCUCUGUGUUCUGCUGUUAGUGGGGCCCUGUCAUCAUCGAAGGAGAAGUACCCAAUCUUUACUUUCGUGGAGGGCCGGGGUCAGGACUAUGGUCUUGAGGGUCACAGCAGCAAUAACAGCGGACCUGCGGCCCACAUUCUGCCCCCCGGCAAACUGGGCCGGAGUAACAACAGAAGAAACAGUGAUGAGUUUGUCUUCCUGUAAGACACUAAGAAUGCUGCUCUCUCAGCUCUCGCCUGUAGGGAGCAGAAGAUGACACCUCAUUUCCUUUCAAAGGGAAGGACUCGAUUCUGUUGAUGCUGCAGCUGCAAGGUGGACAUGACGCUUUUGUGCUUCGCUGGUCAACAGAAAUAAAAACUGUGCGGCUCUGUCAUCACCAUUUGUGUAGAUGGGUAUUAUAAGCUAACAGGCAUUAACGGGUGCUGUCUGGAGCAUUAUUUUACUGGGCAAAAACAUGAUUUCAUAAUGGAUCAUGGUUGUUUCAAGUACUUGAAGUAUUCUUGAUUCACUUUAUCAGACACCCAAAAUGCCUCAAAGCAUGUUUAAGCAAAAUCAAGCGCUUUAAAGUACUCCGAAUACACUCAACUACUGUGUUUUCAUCCUGGUCUGAACUGGACAGGAAGGUGAUAUUUGAUUAGCUCACUGGUCAGUUAGGGGUGGUGGUCCCUGUUACUGUUCUGGACUUGUAUGAUAUACCCUCUGCUGAACAUCUCCAUUGUUUAAAUUUAUUUAUCAAGUUUAUGAAUGUGUGUGUGCGAGUGUGCAGUUAGUGUAGUUUAUUUCUUUGUCUAAAAAUAAGUGUACUGAUGUCAUUAGGAGUCUGUUUCUCAGAGGUUUCAAAUUCUUCCAGGAGCAUCUUGAACAGAAUACUAAUUCUGGUGUUACAGUCCCAAAAAUCACAUGUAUGACCAGAUCCAUGAUCUCCCACAUGCUUUUGUGCUUCUUUAAGAUUAUGAACCUUCUCUGAACUCUUACAACUCUCCUGAAAAGUUUCUCAACCUCCCAGGUUUAGGGUGAAGAUCCCUUGAAUAGGAGAUAAAUGUAUCUUUCUAUGUGGCUUUUCCCAUAAGGCAUGGGCCUCUUCCACAAAACAAACAGGUUUGCCAAAUAAGCCAGCCAAGCUUAUUGCAGUUAGUCUGAAUAAUUUCCAGGUGAUUUGGCUCCAUAAAGCCAGUUCAACUGUUUUUUCUGCAUAUGUUGCAUCGUAACAGAGCUUGAACUCCGUUGAAUUUGCUUUGUGGAACUGAUUCAAGUGAAAAUAAGCCUGACUUAUUCCUUAAACUCACUUUGUGGAAUAGGCUCCAGAGUUAUUAAGUUAUCUGGAUACGUUUAGCAAAAAUAACACCUAGAACAAGUUUUUAUUUAUGUUCUGGGUUUAACUUGGCUAAAGUUAUCCAUUCAUAAAGAACUGGUCCAGGCUUUAUGGAGUAUUUGCCUUCAAGCUUUUUCUGCAAGUUCAUUUGUGUUUAGUUUGUCCCUUUUCUACAUGAAGCAUACUACUGCAAGUUGCACUACUACUGUUAUUUGGUUUGUUGUCCUGAUUAAACUACAAACACUGGAAUCUCA